AUGUCCCUCGCCACAAUCACGCGCCCGUCCUUCACCGUCGGUCCCCGUGUCGUUGUGACGCAGGUAAGCAAAGACAUGACAGCUCUGAUCUUCUCUUCAGAUUAUGAGUCUAGUGGUAGUGAAGAUGAGGUUAAAAUAGAACUUACGACUCCUCAUCCAAAAAUUGUUUCCAAAACUCCUAAACUGAGAAGGCAAAGAACAGCUACCCCUCACACAAAAAAGCUUCUGACUUUGAUGAAGCAGAAGGUUGUGGAGGAAUACGAGGAGACUAUUGGUGAUGAGUUUGAUGGAUCACCGGCUAAUAAGCUUACGCCGGUGAGAAUAGAGAAUAAUGAAGAUCUUGAACAGGAGAUGACGACCCCUACAUCUCACCUACCACAUCUCAUUAAGUUAGCUCAGAUUGUUACUACCAGCACGCCUACUCACGCCGCCUGCAAUGGCUGGCCAUUAUUCGCUGAUCAGGGAGCUGACUCUCCACUCUCAGAGAUUGAGACUACGGAGAGUGCAGCCCAGAGCAUGAAUAUUGAGCCAUCGAAGUCAGAUUCCGAUGCUGUUCCACCAAAGUUGAAGAGUAUUAUAGUUACGGGCAGCAAAAAUCGUAUCGGUAGUCAAGAUAGUACGGAAAAACAUGUCACAUUUCAAGAUUCACAGGAAGGCUCCAUAAAAACAAAGAAAGUUAAGUUUGCUGAAGACACCGUGUUCGAACAACCCAAGGUGAAACGAGUGUUCAGAAAACCAAAGAGAAUGCUUACACCUGGGCCACAGAAACCAAGAUAUUGUUACAACCCUCGCUUCCAAGCAUUAAUCAAUCGCUUUGAAAACCAAGGCAUAAUCAUGGCGAGAACUCCGAAAACGAGGGAGAAGAAUACUAACAAUCAGGAAAACACGCCGCCAGUCGGGGAGCCUUCAACUAUGCAAGCUCGUGCCAUAAACUUUAAAGAAGACAGUCCCCAAAUCGAAUCAGAACAAUCAAAAGAAUCGAAUGAAUUAUUCAAAACAUGUAUCGAUACUCCAGAAGUAGGCAUGAACGCAAUAUCAACAUUAACAACGAACAUAGCUGGGACGCUACAAAACUGCCUUUCAUCAGUUUUAAUGAACACGGAGGAAGAAACGGAAAUUCAGUUUAAGUUUGUUAUAACGAAAAGGAAAGUUAGUGUCAAGAGGCUCGUGGAGGAAUGUGAGGGCAAGCUAAAUGAAGAGUCGCACGGGAUCGAUAAGAAUCAGGAUUCGAUUAAAGACAACAUCUGGUCGAGCGUUGCUAAAGCAGUGAAAAAUGUGUUUUGGGGUGAGCAGACACCUAAUAUUGGUGAGUAUGUUAUUGAUGGUCUUCCUGUUUAUAUGAACUUCUUGAGUCUUUAG